UAUCUUUGGGACAGCGCCGGGGUCCGUUACUGAUGACGUCUCUGGUGAUUUGGAAGAUGUUGUAGCCGAAACUUGAUACACUUUGUUGUAUAUUAAAUUAACGUUAAUAUAAUUAAACAAAUGCGCAGUACGUACUAUAAGCCACAAAAUGGAACAAACUGCACAUAUACAAAAUUGAAAGUUUCAGGUCAGACAAAAACAGCCUCCUACAGCCCAACCAUGCCUCAGAAACCCCAAAAGAGCGCCCAGACUUCCCACUACAUUGAGCUGGGAGGUUAUCAGUACUGGCCUGUGCUGGUGCCCCGAGGUAUCAGACUGUACACCUACGAACAGAUCCCAGUAUAUCUGAGGGAGAACCCCUACAUCACAGAUGGAUACAGAGCCUACCUGCCCUCCAGGCUGUGCAUCAAAAGCCUCUUCAUUCUUUCCAAUGAGACGGUAAAUAUCUGGAGCCACGUAUUGGGCUUCCUGCUCUUCUUCUUUGUCGGGGUUUACAACAUGGUCUCAGUGCUGCCAGCCAUCGGCGCCUCUAAAGAGGACUACGUCAUCUACUCCAUUGGACUCUUCUGCUUUCAGCUGUGUAUGCUGUGUUCGGUGGGUUAUCACCUGUUCUGUUGCCACCGCUCGGAGAAAACCAGCCGCCGCUGGAUGGCGCUGGACUACGCUGGGGUUUCCAUUGGCAUUCUGGGCUGCUAUGUCCCCGGAGUCUUUUACACCUUCUACUGCAAUAACUACUGGCGGCAGGUGUACCUGGUGACGGUCCUGGCCAUGUUCCUGGCGGUCUUCUUCGCUCAGAUCCACCCUCAUUACCUCAGCAAGCAGUGGAAGCAGCUGCGCUUGCUCAUCUUCUGCUUGGUGGCCGGAUACGGCCUCAUCCCCACCGUCCACUGGAUCUGCAUCACCGGAGGCUUCUCUUCAGAGCUCGUCCAGGCUUUUGUUCCUCGAGUCCUGGGGAUGUAUUUCAUCGCCUCAUUAGCUCUCAUUUUCUACGUUUCAAAAGUCCCUGAACGCUACUUCCCGGGUCAGCUGAACUACCUGGGCUCCAGUCACCAGGUGUGGCACCUGCUGCUGGUGCUGAUGUUUUACUGGUGGCACCAGUCGUCAUGCUUUAUCAUGUCGUACAGACACAGCCAGCCCUGCCUCGAAACAUCCCAGCACGCCUAGCUGCUCUGACCGCCGGGACCCCGGACUCUGUUAAACUGGUGUUGAAUGGCUGCAGUGUAUUCCAGCAUGCACAAGUACAAGGCAAAGAGACACCAUGGACAGGCCUUCAGUCCAUCUCAGUGUCCCUACAGAUGGACGCACUGGUACCUGUCUUCAGUCCACCUGACCUGUGGAGGAAACCUUCAGAGGGGCUGCAAACGGGAAUCAGACCUGUGACCGCCAGGAUGUGAGGUGACACAUGUUGAGUUUGUUUUUAAGAUGAGACCGCUGGCUGAAAGAAGCACAGUUUUACGAUAUUAUCACUAGAAAGUCAAACUACAAAAUCUCCAUCCAAAUGUACCUGUUUUAAAUAGCAGCUUUCAUCACAGAUGCAGCGGCAACAAACAAGACUCACAUCAGUAGCAUUUCCUUCUUUUUUUUUAUAUGAGAGAGAAUGUUUUCUCUAAGUGCCUGUUAGGGAAACAUAAUGUCAGUCUUAAAGGUUAGAACUAAUUCACUCAUUUUUAAAGGUUUCUAAACAGUGGUUCUCAAUCUGAGAGGCGUCCACCCCCCAAAAAAAGUAUUUUGAAUAUAGUUUCACUUUAUGAUGAUGCUUUUAAAAACAAAACAAAAAAACGCUUAUGCUGCCUGUAGGCUACCUUCAGUAAGUAAUCAAGGGAAAGGGAAACAAAUGUUUUUAAUAUCAACCCUCUGCACAGUUGUUUAAACUACGUGUGGAAAUCAGUUUUUAUAGUGUUAAGAGCCUUGGAACUCGACCCAAAUCAUUUCUAAUAGAUUCAUUUUAUUUUUAAACUACUAGUUGUACACGUUUUUGGUGAAAUUGUUAGGCAUUUCCUUAUGAGAACAAGCAAAAACUGACGAGUAAUUAAUUCAUGUUUAGAUAGGAAAACCAAAGACUGCUGUGGAGCAAAGCUCAAUACGUUCGUCAGUUUACAUUACAUUACAUUUUGAGUGUUCAUUGUGUCCAUUAGUGCACAGCAUUGCUGUUUCUCACUGCUGAGAGACAACAGAUUGUUUUAAUCCCAUGGUGGUGAAAUGUAUUUUUUCAAAUACAUGAACUACACAGAAUCAUGAACUGUACAAAUACCUGGUCCUCCAGAAUGUAAUGUUUUUCUUUUCAUGUAUUGGGCUGCAAUGCCUCAGUUCAUCCUGACAUUUAUAUCACAUCUGCACAGCGUGUUUGAGGGGAACAGCCUCAGUGUUCACUACUGUAAUGUUUAAUUUGUUUAAGUCCAGUUAAAAACUGCGC